CUCACCUCCCGUAGCUGCACAGGCCAUUGACCAGCGCCUCGUCGAGCAGCUUAACCACCUCGACCAGUGUCUCCUUUUCUGCCUAUCCCCGUCGACCCGCAGCUUCACCACCGGAGACUAGAAGGUUCCUUACUGCAGAGUUAUCAGAGGGCAUGAAGUUGUUUCUCGAGCACGAGAAGGCUCUUGAUCAGGGUCACAGUGUUACUCUUUUGAACACGAAUGAGGCUGGCACUCUCACAGUGACGAACUUCCGACUCAUUUUUGUGAGCAAGGCAACAGAAUGUGUUGUCGAGUUGGGCACUAUUCCAUUAUGUGCAAUUGAAUAUUUAAAGGAUGUUCCUACUAAAGAUUUGCAGAAGCUCGUGCCAGUAGACCGAAGUAUCAUUAAAGUCACUGGUCAUGAUAUGAGGGUCCUUCUGUUUUCAUUUAACUCUGAGAACAAGCCCUUGAAAGCGAUGAUUGAAAAUUUGAAAAAAUGCAUUAAACCUGCUCAUUUGGGGCAUAUUUAUGCAUUUUCUUGCAAGCCAAUUGUUGAUACAGUAUGCACUCCAUCUAUGAGGGUGCGGCUUCUGAAAGAAUACCAUCGCUUAUUUAAGAAGAUGUUUGUCCAAUCGGCAAGCACAUGCUCCAAUGGUCAAGAUCAGUUGCAAAACAAGUGGGUGAGGGUCUCUGAGCUGAACUCCGAAUAUGAACUAUGUCCGAGUUAUCCAGUUUGGCUGAUUAUCCCUAAGAGUAUAAGUGACAAAGAACUUUUGGCAUCCACUGAGUACCGGCACAGUUGUCGUAUACCUGCCAUCUCGUGGUUUGACCCUGGAUCCGGAGCUGUCCUGGCAAGGUCAUCUCAGCCCUAUACGAAGUAUCUUGCAACGACGGAGCCACUUCUUUUGGCUCUUCAAACCCCAAGGACUGACGCACCAAGGAAAUUAUACAUUGUCGAUGCUCGGCCUUUGGCCAAAGCUUUUGCAAACGCAGCUAAGGGUGGUGGCACAGAGUUGUUAUCCUAUAAACACCCACACAUUGAGAUUUGGAAUUGCAGGAUAGAAAAUAUCCAUGCUAUGGCAGGUAGUUUUUCUGGCCUUCGAGACUACGUCAAUAAUUAUGGAUCAAUUUCAUCAGAUGGAACCCCUUUAAAUCAAAGAGAUACUAUAUCACGCUUGGCAGGCUGGUCUGGACGAGCUGCUAAGAGCGUGGCACAUAUUUCAAAACUGCAGACAUGGCUUGGUCAUAUCCACGGAAUCCUGGCUGCUGCUUCACUUAUCACCGCAAAAAUUACUGUUGAAUCAGCUUCGGUUCUUGUCCAUUGCAGCGAUGGAUGGGACCGUACAAGUCAACUAAUUGGGCUGUCUUGCCUACUCUUGGAUCCUUACUAUCGGACUUUUAAUGGAUUCCAGGCCCUUGUGGAAAAAGACUGGCUAGCCUUUGGCCAUAAAUUUGCCACAAGAAUGGGACUGCCCACUAUAAUGGAUGAGGAAGGGCGGCCAGACUACAACCUACCAUGGAAUGGUGAUAGUUUAAUUCCAUCUAAAGAGAGAUCACCAGUAAUGUUGCAGUGGUUGGAAUGCAUUGCUCAUCUGAUGUGCUUGUACCCAUGUGCUUUUCAGUUCUCUUCUAAAUUUCUGGUUGAUUUUAUGGACCAUAUACUAUCAUGCCGCUUUGGUAACUUCUUGUGCAAUAGUGAGCGGGAAAGGGAGCAAGCUGAUGUUGCGUCAUGUCCUUGCAUUUGGAAGUAUCUGGCUGACCUCCGGGCUUCCGACACCUUGCAUGAGCACUGGAACCCAUUUUAUGAUCCAGACAAACAUGCUGGUCCUAUUAUCCCCCCUGCUCCAGCUCUUGCUCCGUCUCUUUGGCCACAAUUCUAUUUGAGGUGGUCAUGUCCGUUGGAAUCUCAUGGUGGUCGUGGGGGAUUCCAUGAAUUACUCAAGGAAAAGAUGGCAGCUGAGCCGAUCAGAGGUGCUGAAAUAUCACCAGAUGAGAAUCUGCCUGCAAGUGGAAGGAAGAUCCGUGUUGUAGGUUCAAAUAUCAAAAAGCUUUAGAUCGUUAUUUUCUCCUUAGUUGUAGGAGAGGGAUGGUACCGAGCUUAAAACAUUUAUGUUCGGUUUGAGGAUGAGGAUUAGACUUUGUAUUUUUUAAGGGAAAAGAAAUGGAUAUGAGGCUGUGAUAGAGGAACAGCAUCUCUGAAACUUGACGACACACCAAAAACACGGUGCACCUUAUUCUUCU